AUGGAGGUAACUGCGUCAAUUUACCAUCUAAUAGGAAACCCAGCUCAUCCUAUAAUGCAUCCAGAAUUCGUGUCGCAAUUCCACAGACAGUUAACUUUUAUUGAACGGGUGAUGAGCACGUUAGUCAGCUGGUAUUACAAGUAUUACUUUGCCUUCACAGCUUUUCCUGAGAGGCAGAAGAUUUUGAAUAAGUCCAGUCAAAGAGCAUUAGGUCUCAACACGAUAUCAAUUGCUGGGUACAGGGAUGACGUGUCGUCUCAGCCAUUGCCACCAGUAAGUAUUUUGGAAAUAAAGUAUCCCAGGAAUUCCAAUCACAAGAAAUUUUUGGACGAGGCCAAAGAGGGGUGCAUUUACACCAUCAUCGAAGCUCUAUCAGACGUACCUUACAAAGUAUUGUGGAAGUUUGAGGCCCAAACAACAAGCAUGCCCAAAAAUAUAAAAACCGCCGAUUUUCACUUAUAUCAUCCCAACGUAAAUUUGUUCCUCAACCAGGGAGGUCUCCAGUCUAUGGAAGAAACAAUUUAUGGUGAAGUACCUUUUGUGAUAAUACCAUUCUUCUCUGAUCAGUUCCAGAACUCGAAAAUACUGGAAGAUAAAGGUGUCGCUGUCGUUCUGAACAAACAAACUCUGGACAAGAAUGAACUGAAAUAUGCAAUUAUGGAAGUAAUGACAGUACCAAAGUACCAUGAUGGGGUGAAAAACUAA